CCCCUCCCCCUCCCCCUCCUCUCCUUCCUUCAAGACUCGCCGCCGGUUCAUAGCCGAGACCACCUCCGCCCCUCUCUUGCUUGCCCCACUCGUUGGCCUCCAGCCACCGCCGGCGAGGUCCGACGAGCCCCCCGUCUCCGAAUGGGAACGCGUCUACCUCCCCAUUGACCCCGGCGUCGUCCUUCUUGACAUCGCCUUCGUCCCCGACGACUUGAGCCAUGGUUUUCUAUUGGGAACAAGGCAAACUAUAUUGGAGACUAAAGAUGGAGGUAAUAUUUGGUUCCCACGCUCCAUACCUUCUGCAGAAGAAGAUGACUUUAACUACAGAUUCAAUUCCAUAAGCUUCAAGGGGAAGGAAGGUUGGAUUGUUGGAAAACCUGCAAUUUUGUUAUAUACAUCAGAUGCUGGAGAAAGCUGGGAAAGAAUACCUUUGAGUGCACAGCUUCCUGGAGAUAUGGUUUACAUCAAAGCAAUUGGUGAAAAGAGUGCAGAGAUGGUCACUGAUGAAGGAGCAAUAUAUGUCACAUCAAAUCGAGGGUAUAAUUGGAAGGCUGCUGUGCAAGAGACUGUAUCAGCUACUCUUAACCGAACAGUUUCUAGUGGCAUUAGUGGUGCAAGCUACUACACUGGCACCUUUAGUACGGUAAACCGCUCUCCUGAUGGCAGAUAUGUCGCUGUCUCAAGUCGUGGGAACUUCUACUUAACCUGGGAGCCUGGUCAGCCUUACUGGCAACCUCAUAACAGAGCAGUUGCACGGAGAAUUCAAAAUAUGGGAUGGAGGGCUGAUGGUGGCCUUUGGCUUCUAGUGCGUGGUGGUGGACUCUACCUCAGUAAAGGCACAGGGAUCACAGAGGAAUUUGAGGAAGUUCCUGUUCAGAGUCGGGGAUUUGGUAUUCUUGAUGUUGGUUACCGCUCAAUGGAUGAAGCAUGGGCGGCUGGAGGAAGUGGCAUCUUGUUGAGAACGAUAAACGGAGGAAAGACCUGGACACGUGAUAAAACUGCAGAUAGUAUUGCAGCAAAUCUAUAUUCAGUAAAAUUUGUCACUGAUAACAAAGGUUUUGUACUAGGGAAUGAUGGCGUCUUGCUGCGAUAUCUUGCUUGAUGCAACGAGCUCUGAAAGAAAACUCAGUUUUGUGUAGCUAUAUAUAUUCAAUUUACAUUGUUAUCUACAGUAAUCAUGUAUUCCUUUAACUCAGAGUCUCGUUGUGAGCUGAACAAGUAUCUGUACCCUUGCUCCAACCGACUGCAACUGCUUUUUAAAUUAGCUAUAUAGAAAGAUGUAUAAAUCUACAUUAAGAAAAAAAAAAAU